AUGAACCAGCUGUGCAAAGUGUGCGGCGAACCUGCGGCUGGAUUUCAUUUUGGAGCUUUCACUUGUGAGGGGUGUAAGUCCUUCUUCGGACGCACAUACAACAAUGUGGCCGCGAUCGCCGGCUGCAAGCACAAUGGGGACUGUGUCAUCAACAAGAAGAAUCGCACGGCCUGCAAGGCAUGCCGUCUGCGCAAAUGCCUGCUGGUGGGCAUGUCGAAGAGUGGCUCCAGAUAUGGGCGUCGCUCGAACUGGUUCAAGAUCCACUGCCUGCUGCAGGAGCAGCAGACUACGGCCGGCGGCAUGGGUGGCAAUAGUGCCGGCACUGGCGCCAGCAACGCCAACUUGGAUCAGUUGGCACGUCUGCAGCACGCCAGCAAUCAGGCGCGACAGACCUACCAGGACAAGACCAAUCCCUGCAUCAAAUCAGCCACCGCUACAGCCUCGCCCGCCAUGACCAUUCAGGCAGCAGCAGCGACAUCGGCCGCCUCUUCGACGACGUCGAGUCUGCCGAGUUUUCUGCAAGCAGCCAAAUACCUGAACGAACAGCAUCGCCAACUCAAACUGGAGUCCCGCCUCAGCAAUACGCCCAGCGAUUCGGGAGCCUCUUCUGCAGGGGAUCCCACAGACGAUGGUACAAGCGUUGUGAGCGCCAGCACGCCAACCCUAAAGCUGCGGAGGGGUUUGCGCAAAUUCGAAUCCAACUUCGCGGUUCUGGAGCCAAGCCAACACGCAAGCGAGGAUAUUAUGCACAGCACCGAACAGCAGCGCCGCCAUAAGGAGUUGCUCGAUAUAUUUCGCAGUCACUCCGAACCGCUAUAUAGUCCCUUUGCUCCUUUCACCCUGCCUCCCACAUUGCUUGCCUGCGCACCGCCCCUACCAGUCGCCACCAUGGCGACGGUCUUCAAGGACCAAUUCAAAUCUGAUCUUCUGUAUACGGAUGCUGCAGCCGAAGAGGAACCCAUCGAUCUGUCCUUAAGAUCCCGCACAGCACACGCAAGUCCUGCCACAGCGCCCAGUAGUCCAGUUACAAGCUCAAGUCAUCCUGCACCCCCUCACUGCUUGGGCGAGGCGUCAACUUUUGUUCGUAAGUCGACGCCGCUCGAUCUGACGCUCGUUCGAUCGCAGACUCUGACAGGAUAA